AUGCAGGUCUCUACUUAUCUUCCAAUCUUACCUAAGGAGCCGGACCCCUCGGGCAGCAACAUCUUAGACGUGGCUUUCCUGUUGAUGCCCGGCAUGGUGGGUCCCGGGUUUGCGGGGUUUCCCGAACAGCUCCGUAAUCUUUGGUGUAUUUAUUGGGAAGCAACUCUAUUGUCACCUUCGGUGAGCAUCAUUGUCGCCGGUGAGAGAGCACCCCCUGAAACCAGAAACCACCGAGUGGCAGCAGUGGCGGCGAUUGGCGAGAAGAUGUGCCCAUGCUUUGUGCCAGCACAUCUGGUCGUGCCCUUUGGCUUCCCAGAACAGGGACGGGAGAGAGACGCGUCUACACCUUUACCGCGAGUUCCGUUGGUGCGGCCAGCACCUGACGCGUUCAAUUCUGAACGUGAACGCACGAAGGUGAAGGUCAAAACCAAAGGCCGGCGCAAACUGCAUGUGCCACUGACUUGGGCAAGACGCUCCGCGUCCAGCCGGCUCUUCGCCGUGCUGCGGCACGGGGAGCGAGCAGAUAUCCUGGGCGCCCACGUCAAUGGCGAGACCUGGUCAAUGUUGGAGGAGUCCAAAGAAUUCCCGAUCGACCCUCCUCUCAGCGACCACGGUCGCCACGAGGCCUCCCGAGUGGCGAACACGGUGAAGGCCUUCGCCGAGAGGAACGGCGGACAGCUGCAUGUGGUGGUUUCUUCCGUGUACAUGCGGUGCGUGCAAACGGCUAUAGAGGUGUGCAAAAAGCUUGGCCCUUCCACCAAGCUCCUCUUGGAUCAUUCGCUGGGAGAAGUCUUCGGCCAUUGCGUGCUUGGAGACCAAAAACCCUCCAGCACGUGGCGGUCAAGUGAGCAUUUAAUCGGCUAUGCGCGGAGCCAGGGCAUCCGGAUCGUGAAGAAGGUCUGCGGCCCUAAGCCUGUGUGGCCCGAGACCCUUCGCAUGGCCAGGAUGAGAUAUGCUGCAGCCUUCCUGGGGUACUUGAGGCGCUCAGAGAUUUGCCGGCGAAACUUCGUGCUCGUUUCGCAUGCGGAUUGCAUCGCAUCGGUACUGGCACUCAUUCCAAGUAAGGCUGGGCGCAUGGUGGAGUCCGUGUCCACCGCAGCCUCGGUCUUCGGGUCGCUCGUUCAUACCAGGAAAGCUGGAAAGGGUGAGGUGAGUCGAGCUUCGAAUGGAUCAAUGCAGGAUUCGAGUCGCGAACGACCGGGAUGGGUGGUGGAGCUGGAUCGGAUCCAGAUGGGCCCGAGGUGGUUGGGCGGCGAGGCUGCCGCCCGUGCGGCCAAGCGCGCCAUCGAGGCCAUCCACGGUCAUGAAGAGUUGGAUCGGCGGACGUUCGACGAAUUGCUGGGAGGUUUGUCCCAGGAGCCUUUGGGUGAUAUCACGCCCAAAGGUACCAAGCGACAGGAUCCGUCGGUGGCUGGUGAGGAGGCUUGGAACUUGCCUUCGGAACACUGCGAGACGGCCUCUUUCUGCAGUUCCUCCACUUUCCUCUUUGGCGCUUCGGAGACCGGGUCGGAGUGCGAGAUUACUCCAACGUCUCCUCAUGACUUCGACUUUGAGGUGAAGCCUCACUCCUUUUGUGUGGCAGAGGCUUCUCAGUGGUCCAGCGAGCGAAAGGAAGAUGACUUGCUCCGGCGGAACCGCUUCAACACGGUGGGCACGUGCUCGAGUAGCAGCACGGUGGCUGCCAUCAUUGGAAGCCCACGCUCCAAUUCCUUGGGCCGUGUGAAGCUGCAAGGACGCAAUAACUCCGCCAUCAUGGCCAGGAGAAAGAAUCAGCACAUGACUGCAAGGACUGAAGGGAAUUUACCGAAUCUCAAGGACCUCUAGCGAAUUCUCGCAGGGGACGACACAGUGGACCAUGCAGUUUCCACGAGUCCCCGCGGAAGAACUGCAGAAGCGCAGACGUUUUGAAGGUUGCGCGGCACGCAGGUGAGGGAAGAAACAGUUGAGCAGACAGGCCAAAGAGGGAAGUGAUGCACAGCCCACUGGGUUCCCUAGUUUCCACCGGCGCCGGUGCUUCAAUGAAGGUCAAUGAAGGAGUCUAAUUGGUCAAAGGUUGGGUGGGACUGCAAGGAGGUUUUUGU